GUUGCACGUAAACCAUUAGAAGAAUUAUUUUGUCAAUUUUAUCCAAAAUUAGAACCAUCCGAUGUUUCGGGAAGUGGUGAUGUUAAAUAUCAUUUGGGUACAUGCAUUGAACGUUUAAAUCGCGCAUCAAACACCAAUGUAAAAUUUGCUCUUGUUGCCAAUCCAUCACAUUUAGAAGCUGUUGAUCCUGUUGUGCAAGGCAAAACUCGAGCAGAACAAUUUUAUCGUGGUGAUAAAUUUGGCGAUAAAGCCAUGAGUAUCUUGUUGCAUGGUGAUGCA